CACUAGGGUUCCGCAAACAAGACGACCCUAAAAAAACUAACAGCAAAGACAAAAUGCCAACGGAAUAUCUGGACGAAUAUGAACCUCUGCUUGUUAAAGAUAGUAGGCCGCCAAAGCUUCCGGGCGCACGACUGUUGCUGGCGGGCUGUGCUGCCUGUAUAGGAGGAACCUUUCAGUAUGGAUACAAUUUAUCUACCAUCAAUGCACCCACCGUGUAUGUGCAGAAUUUCAUCAAUGAGACCUGGCGGGAGCGUUACCAAGUUGACAUCACUGAGAAAUCUCUUACCCUGCUUUGGUCCACUAUUGUCUCUGUAUUCACCUUAGGAGGACUCAUAGGAACAACGAUUGGUGGCACACUGUCUGUGAAGCUUGGAAGGAAAGGGACUCUGUUGGCCAAUAACACAUUUGCAUUACUAGCUGCUCUGCUGAUGGGUCUGAGUUACCCCACAGGAUUGUUUGAAUUACUCAUUGUUGGACGUCUUCUCAUUGGAAUACAUUCAGGUAUUUGCCUUUGUGUUCAACCCCUGUAUUUGGGUGAAAUGGCACCAACUGCAUAUCGUGGCAUCAUUGGAAUGGGAUCUUCAGUUUUCAUCACUGGUGGAAUCUUGACUGGACAAGUGAUGGGCCUCAAGGAAGUGCUGGGCACAGAAGAGUACUGGCCCAUUCUGCUCGCCACCACAUGUAUCCCAGCGAUACUGCAGCUCCUGAUCCUGCCGUGGUUCCCAGAGAGCCCACGCUAUCUGCUCAUUGACAAAGGAAAUGACAAGAAAUGCAAGAAAGCCCUGAAGCAACUGCAUGGGGCUACUCGAUGUGAUGGUGAACUGGAAGAAAUUGAGAAGGAGAGGAAUAAUUUAACAGGUUUCAAGGCUAAGAAACCCUGGGAGCUCCUUGCUGAUCGCAGCAUGCGCUGGCAGCUUCUCACCGUCAUGCUGCUCAAUGCUGCUCAACAGUUGAACGGCAUCAAUGCUAUUUACUUCUAUGCAAAUUAUGUGUUCAGACAAUCUGGGAUUCCUGUUGAUCAAAUACCAUAUGUGACCAUUGGCACUGGUGCCUGUGAAUGCAUCACUGCUUUAACAUGCGGUUUGCUCAUUGAGUCUCUGGGAAGAAAAGUGCUCAUCACAGGAGGAUACAUACUGAUGAGUAUCUGCUGCAUAUUAUUAACGCUGACACUGUCAUUUCAGGAUUCCAGCCCGAUUUUUCCAUACUUGAGCAUGGUGUGCAUUUUUGCUUUUAUCCUGAGCUUUGGGUUAGGACCAGGUGGUGUGACGAACAUCUUGACUACUGAACUAUUCACACAAACCUCGCGCCCUGCAGCGUACAUAAUUACAGGGAUAGUAAACUGGACCAGCUUCUUCUUCAUCAGCUUAGUCUUUCCUUUUAUUGUGAUUGGUCUGAAUCAGUACAGCUUCCUGGUGUUCUUAGCUGUCUCCUCCUCAGUGGCAAUAUACAUUUUUCUUGUUGUUCCUGAAACCAAGAACAAGACCUUCCUUGAAAUUCAGAAUGUUCAAGUUCAAGUCCUCCGACAACACAAAGGCCUUCAAUGCUAAUAAUGCAGAAGUGUUGCAAAUGUCUACAUGAAACGCAACACAUGACCACAAGCUAUUUUUCGAGUAAAGACCAAAUUGUUAAAAACUUUUCUUAACAAAUGUCUCUUGUCAUCGAGUUUAUAAACUGUUAUACAUAGAUUACAGAUUACAGAUAAGAUUUCAUGUAUAGUUUAGACCAGCCGUUCCCAAAUGUAGGAGUGUCAAGGCCCACUUUGAAAUCUGAAAAUCCAAACCCAAACCUUAUCACGACUAGGAUUAAUGAUCCACAUAUAUAUUAUUGUUUUCAUGUUGUUUUCAUGCUGUUUCAUAUUGUUUCAAACAAAAUGACAAAACUGAAAGUUAAAAACAUUGAUUUAUUUACGUUUAGUGACCUUUCAGGACCCACCUGCAGUACCAUCACGGCGAGCCUUUCAGUAUUUUCAGUCGGUGACCUUUGGCACAAAGGCUUUGCUGAAGUAGGAGAAAGGUUACACUUAAAUAUGUCGGUAUUUGCAGGGCUUGUAAGAUUAUUUGUAAACAAUAUAUGCAUGGCUGUUGUAAAAUAAACUAAAUAUUAUCAUCAGUUAUAAGCAAUUCAUAAGUUAAAGGUAAUUCAAAAUGGCAGUUUUAAUUAUCUUGUCUAUCAGAAAUGGGGUUUCUUUCAGGAUUAAACUAACUAAAUAAUUAACGUACCACAACAACAUAACUGCAGGCUGAUCUAAUAUUGUUUGACAGUUCAAAGAAUCUACAUGUUUUUUUUUUUGUUACCCAAAGCAAGAGCUGCAUUCUUAUAGCAACCCCAGUGAAAAGUAUUUGCCUCCUGGUCCCAACUUUAAUAGGCUUAAUGUGGAACUAUGCAUGGUAGAUUUGAUUUUCAUAUUCCACUGGAAUUUCUUUGUAAGUUGAUAAAAAUAACUUGAAUUCACUUGAAUGACCUAUAACACACACACACACACACACACACACACAAAAGAAAACUCUAAUAAAAACCCUUUGAUUCAGAAGCCUA